AUGUGCUUGUAUGUGGAUGAUUUGAUAUAUACAUGGAACAAUUUCGGCAUGUUUGAAAGGUUCAAGCAAUCUAUGAUGUUGGAAUUUGAUAUGGCUGAUUUAGGGAAGAUGCAUUAUUUUCUUUGCAUAAAAGUAGUGCAGUCAAAAGCUGGCAUAUUAAUAUCACAAAAGAAGUAUGUGCAAGAGAUUCUGAACAAAUUUCAGAUGUCCAAUUGCAAUCGUGCUGCCAUACCUACUGAAGUAGGCUUAAAACUUGUUCGAAAUUCAGAUGAAAAGAAGGUUGACAGUCACCUUUACAAGCAAAUUGUGGGGAGUCUGAUGUAUUUAACAGGAACGAGGCCUGAUAUAAUGCAUGUUGUAUGUUUGAUCAGCAGGUAUAUGGAAAAUCCUAAAGAGAGUCAUCUAUUGGUUGCAAAGAGAAUUCUUAGGUACUUGCGAGGUACUACUAUAAAUUUUCUACAAGAAGGGAAAAAAUUCAGAUCUGAUUGA